AUGCAAAGCCCACACGAGUCCCGAACAGGAGGAGUCCAUCCAAGAGACUCAGAACCUAAUAAAAGAGAGGCAGAACGUUUUCUUUGAGAUGGAGGCCUAUCUACCAAAGAAGAACGGGUUGUACCUGAGUCUGGUGCUCGGGAACGUGAACGUCACGCUGCUCAGCAAUCAGGCCAAGUUCGCAUAUAAAGAUGAGUACGAAAAGUUCAAGCUCUACCUCACCAUCAUCUUACUCAUCGUGUCCUUCUCCUGUCGGUUCCUCCUCAACUCCAGGGUGACAGACGCUGUCUUUAACUUCCUCCUGGUGUGGUACUACUGCACCCUCACCAUCCGGGAGAGCAUCUUGAUCAACAACGGAUCCAAAAUCAAAGGCUGGUGGGUUUUCCAUCACUACAUCUCCACCUUCCUCUCAGGUGUCAUGCUGACAUGGCCAGAUGGGCUCAUGUACCAGAUGUUCAGGAACCAGUUCCUCUCCUUCUCCAUGUACCAGAGCUUUGUGCAGUUCCUGCAGUACUACUAUCAGAGUGGGUGCUUGUACCGGCUGCGAGCGCUGGGCGAGAGGCACAACAUGGACCUGACUGUGGAGGGCUUCCAGUCCUGGAUGUGGAGAGGCCUCACGUUCCUGCUUCCCUUCCUCUUCUUUGGGCAGUUCUGGCAGCUCUACAACGCUGUCACCCUCUUCCGCAUGCUCCAGCACCCGGAAUGCAAGGAGUGGCAGGUCCUCAUGUGCGGUCUCCCCUUCUUCAUCCUCUUCCUGGGGAACUUCUUCACCACCCUCCGUGUUGUCCACCAGAAGUUUCAGAACAAGAACAAAGACAGGAAGCGGAAUUGAAGGGGGGCAGCGUGGGGGCCAGGACUGUUUCUCCCCACCGGCUCCAUCUCCAUCUCGAUGCCGUCCAGACUCUGGUGUCUCACUGUUCCUUGGAAGCCUGGGUGUGGGACAGUGUGUGCUUGCAAAUAGACUGCGUGUUCACUGCGGUGCUGGAUCUGUGCCUGAGUCACUCACCUGGAGUCAGGAGCACCCUGCAAC